AUGGAUAUCAAGACAAGUGUUGUUCAAAAAGGGAUUACAAUCGGGAUCAGGAUUGAACCAUCUAUUCGUGUCCGUCGGGCAAUCCACGCCAACGAUGCGACCCUUCUACGUCGAAUCCUCAAGACACACCCGAAUUACCUCCUGAAUCCCGAUUCCUCUCCUUCCGGCCAGUCCAACUCGAACAUGCACCUAGCAGCUUCGCUAGGUCACCACGAAGUCUGCGAAGUACUCAUACAGCUCGGUCACGAAGACCCCUGCCCUGCUCUGAACGAAAGCCACCAAACCGCUUUAAUGCUCGCUGCAGCUGGCGGACAUACCGAAGUCGUCCAAAUUCUCUGCGAACACGAUAAAACAUGCAUUCUUCGUCGCGAUGUUCGAGGUCGUGAUGCUGUGAUGGAGGCUAGUCUUGGAGGACAUGACACCAUACUGCAACUCCUUCUCACUCACGUUCCCGGUGGACCUUAUGAGGCAGUCCGCCGCGCAGAUGUUGAAGGUAACACAGCACUGCAUUUUGCAAGCGGAAACGGAAACCUGCUGGUACUGCGAACGCUGCUGGCGGCGGGCGCGGAUAUCCACAAGCGGAACAUUUGGAGCUGGACCCCAGCUGCAUACAGCGCUACCGUUCAGGCUGAAGUCUAUCUGAAGGGCUUGGUGAACGAAGUCGGGAAACUACAACAGCAACAGCAGAAACGGGAGAUUGAAUCGGCUAAAAAGGGUGGUGGAGUUCGAGUUGUUGAAUCUACAAGUGACGAAGAAUAA